AUGGCCUCUCCAUUUGUAAUACCACCAGUCGACAUUCCAAAAUUUGACGAAGAUUAUUUGAAGUGGCCACGAUUCUGCGACAUCUUUGCGGAACUGGUCCACAAUCAAGAGUCUAGCAAUGCGGUAAAAUUCCGGUACCUGGAGAAUCACCGCGGAGCACUGAACAUCGUUGGAAAUAUCGCGAAUGGGCUGUUCGGAGUACUCGAUGAUCAAUAUGCCAAACGGAUGGAAGAGAUUAUUGGCAAACUAAAAGCCCAAGAAAGCAUCACGCAUAAAAUAGUGGAGAACCAGACGUCAAUUCUGGAUACCACCAACAACAUUAUGAGGAGGACGACGAUCGAAACGCAGAAGAGGAUGCAGGACUGGCUUCUAAGUCUGGCCAGAAUCAAGGUGAGAAGCCAUGCGGCUGAUCGGUAUCUUCCGCAUGCAGUCUCAGAAUCGGUCGUCGUGGCAAGCCACAUUCGUCGAGUCCAGGAUGCUGUAUUUAAUGUGCUAAUCGGGGCACACGAAGGAAAAUUAGGCCCUGCAUUGGUGUCGGUGGAACAAGUAAAACAGGUGAUCACAAAAAUACAAACACACCUUCCACCGGGAAGACGAUUACCCAUCACCAGUGAAACAGCACGAGACUUAUAUCGACUGGCGACCAUUAGGGUACAAAAAACCGAGGACUUACUGAUGUUCCAUACAAGCGUUCCUUUAGUCGAAGAAGACGAAUUCACAGUAUAUCGGAUGGAGCCAAUUCCACAAAUAACGAGAGAAGGCCUGGUGAUAGCCAAGACGGAAACAAAAUAUCUAGAAAUAGGUGAUCAUCGGAAACACCACUUCGCGAUCAAUCAAGAACACCUUAGGCAGUGUAUCAGCGGGACGAACGGAAAUAAGGUGUGCGAGUUUAAGCAGACGCUCUUUGGGCCGGACACCCAUCAACUCCCGUGUACAAUGGCAGCACUAUCAAGACCUCGGGCAAGGGAAUCCAGAGCCAAUCAAGGGAACCAGUUAUUGGGUAUAUUUGACAGAGCAGAAUGCAUGGAUUUUUGGGACCACGAAGCCAAUAACAAUGACGUAAGUAUGCUCGGCCGAAAAGGAUCAAAUCAUCAUCGACAGCGUAGGCAAGAUUGUGUGAUCCAAAGUCCGACAAUCACAGUAUUGCGACGAGCGCAAUUUAACUCAUCAGGAACUGUAAGGAUGUCAGGAAGUUACGUUCACGAGUGGCCGACACAGGAAAAGAUAAAGACAACAGAAGGGCAGUUGGAGUCAACAUUGGAUCAACUAUACCGACUACACGCAGAGGUGCAGGGAUUAAAAACAUGGACGAAGCAGGCACAGGAAGAUGUGGACAGCGAGGAAGACUGGAAUCUGGUUCAUCAAUACUCCGGAGUAAUAAUAUCAGGAGUAGCAAUCCUGAUAGCCGCAUGGCCGGGGUACACGCGGUGUGCCAGGAAAGACACCUCAGCAACCCAUCACCAGAGGACGACAUUAACCCAAGGAGAAGAAUUACAGCUGAUCGAACAACGAACCGGGCUGGCCAUGUUGACAAGGGAUGGACAUCACAAGAGAUUUGAAGUAUACGAUCCAGGCACUCCUCAGUAA